UUUACUUGAAUGCCACCCUUGUUUUAAGUCUUUCUCUCCUUAUUUUUGUUCUGCGAAUCAGGGCAUUUGAAUGAAAAGAAUGGUGACUUUGCUUGUGGCGACGACAACUGAUCCCGCCUCGAUCAAUCCAGCCUCCGCUUUGCUCUUCUUUGCGCCAAACUCAUGGACGCAAGGCCGCCCAUUGCAGGGCUUUAAGAACUUCGCUAUGGGAAAUGUGAGACUGCUGCAAUUGACAGGCUCAAUUGUGGGCGAAGACAAUCUCGAUCAUCGUUGGGAGUCACACUCUGGCGAGCACGUCACAGAGAUAAUCUUCAUGAGCAAACACGCUGCUGUUUCAGGAAAACCAUCCUUAACAGUUCAUCCAAUUGGUGUUCCACACAUGCUACCGAGCGAGAAACCUCUAGCAGGUGGAAAGCCGGGAUUUGCAUCACCGCCUUGUCCCAGAAUUGCACCUUGGUUACGGCUUUUGAAAGAAGUUGCUGUUAAACACGAACUUGUUCCCGAGUUUGAGAUUACGCUUGAGGCAACGCACCAUGGGCCUGAGGUCGACGCUCCAGCGAUGUUUGUCGAGAUCGGGAGCUCGGAUGGAUAUUGGAGCAGGCUAGACGCGGCACAGGCGAUUGCAACAGUCUUUUGGCAAGGUUUGGGACUCGAUGGAGGAACCGAGGUCGGCAAAUGGACCGAAGCACAUCACGGCGAGAAUGUUCUACUUGGGCUUGGAGGCGGUCACUAUGUUCCUCGACACAUGGAUGUGAUCGAAAACACAGGAAGCUGGGUCGGCCAUCUUUUGUCCGGCUACUCGUUGCCAAUGGACGAACCAUCGGCUGAAACAAAGAAGAAUGCGAACGAGGAGCUGUUUCUACACGUAACUGGGACUUGGAAGGACGCGAUUAGAGAGUCAUUUCGGAAGACACAGGCCGCGUUCCCUGGUGGAAAAGUCAUGGCACAUCUUGAUGCAAAGAGCCUAAAGAGCUGGCAAAGAAGCGCCAUCCUUUCUUUUCUCGCAUGCGAAAAUAUACCUGUGGGAAAGCCACACGAUUUCGCCGCAGCGAAUGAGGUUACAGCCUCGCAAGAGAUUCAUUCUCGGUAAGAGAUUCAUUCUCUAGAAGCCAUUUCGGUCAAACACACUGUAGCGAGAGUGUGUAUCCGAGCGGAUUCUACGAUAAUACGUGGAAGAUGGCACAAACUCGCACACAAGCAAUUUAAUUCGCAUAAGCUUAUCCAUUCUUACUGUU